AUGAGCCAUAUUAAACGGGAAUUUCAACUACUCCGCGAAGAGCUGGGGGCACGUAUUACCAGUCUCGAAAAAAGGGUAUCGGCUCUGGAGGACGAGCAGCAGCGUGGACUCCCUUCCUCGGACCUGGAGAGCGUUGUGGAAAAACUGAAAAAUGACAUCAACGAAAAAGACCAGGAGUUGCUGUCCAAUGACGUGGAGAUCGGAAACCUGCCAGAGGUAGACAAGGAGAAUCCCAUCCAUUCGGUGCUGCUGGUGGCCGCGAAAAUCGGCAUGAAGCUGGACGAGCGCGACAUUGUGAGCGCGGAGCGCAUCGGCGCCCGCCGCAUCAACGCCACUGAUCCGUCAUCAACUUCAGGCCAGCCCCCCGCCCGCCCGCGCCGACUCGUCGUGCGGCUGACUCGGCGCGACCUGCGGGACCAGCUACUGGCCUGCGCGAGGGUCCGGCGCGGCGCCACCACCGCUGACCUCGGCAUGCCCGGAGCGCCGACCCGUUUUUAUAUUAACGAACGCCUGACAAAAAUAAACAGGCAAUUGUUUCAUCAAGCGCGCGAAACAGGUAACCGUCUUGGAUGGAAAUAUGUCUGGACAAAGCGCGGUCGCAUACUUGCUAGACAAAAACCAGGCGAAUCAGUUUCCAUCAUACGAAACGAGGAGGACAUACGUCGAGUCUUCGGGAGCCUGUAG